CUGUAUAUUCAGGGGAUUUUUCUUGCAUCUUCAUCAUGAACGCCUUCUAUCAACAUAUCGCACCCUAAGUAUUUGCUAUGGGCCGGUUACGCAGCCGGCUGUACAAGACCGAUCGGGCUCGGGAUUUUGAGCAUGAGCAGGACCGCCAGGUUCGCAUGCGACAGGUCUACGAGACCAUCGACCGUCAACACUUCCAAUGGAUCGUAGUACUCGUCGCCGGAGUCGGCUUCUUCCUCGAUGGAUACACGCUUUUCGCAAGCAACAUGGCCCUCCCCAUGGCCAGCUACGUCUACUGGCAGAACGACACAUCCGGGAAGAAGUUAAUGUGCAUCAACAUCGCCACGCUCGCAGGCACGUUAUUCGGGCAAGUUCUAUUCGGCUAUCUCGCGGAUCGAUACGGGCGGAAGAAGAUGUACGGUGUGGAGUUGACACUGUUGAUUACAUCGACGCUGGGCGUGGUUAUGUCGUCGACGGGGGUCCAUAAUAGUAUGGAUGUGUUUGCGUGGUUGGUUUGGUGGAGAGUUGUGGUUGGGAUUGGUGUUGGGGCGGAUUAUCCGCUUAGUGCUGUUAUUACUUCGGAAUUUGCUCCCACAAAACACCGCGCGCGCAUGUUGGCCACCGUUUUCUUCAUGCAACCCCUCGGUCAAAUCGCUGGAAACCUUGUCGCUAUGAUCGUUGUCGCAGCAGGAAAAAGCCACGAACACGAGACCAUCGAUAUUGUCCGUUCCGUCGACAGCAUGUGGCGAUGGGUUAUCGGUAUCGGAGUCAUCCCAGGCGCCAUCGCAACGCUCUUCCGUUUCGCCAUCCCAGAAUCCCCCCGUUUCCUAAUGGAGGUCGAAGACGACCCCGUGCGGGCCGAGUUUGAUGCUACCAACCUUUUCAACUUCAACAACCAAUCUCCGUCUAGUCCACCCGCAACCGCUGUAUCCAUGACGAGUUGGCAGGAUCUGCCUAUGCCUGCGCUAUCGAUUACCGGACACUCGAUCGAAGAUCGCGCGUCUUCAUCUCAAGCGGAAAUGAUCCCACCUGCAACCCUCAAUUCACAAUGGGGUCUGACGGGGUCCGAUAUCAAACAAUAUUUCUGGACAGAGGGGAACUGGCGCGCACUCGCCGCAACCGCAUUAGCAUGGUUCCUCAUGGACUUUGGUUUUUACGGAAUCAGCAUGUCGAGUCCGCAGUUCCUGGCUAAGACUUGGGGGUCCUUACAUCUCCAAGGCGCUGCUCCGCCAUGGCAGACGGAUGAUCGUCCCGAGGCCAAUAUCUAUCAGAUGUUCCUGGACUCGUCUGUCCACGGUCUGGUGAUCCUGAACAGUGGUUCCUUCUUUGGAUGCCUAUUGUUGAUCCUAGUCAUCCAUAAACUAGACCGCGUCGGCCUCCAAAAAUGGGCAUUCAUCGCCCUAGCUGCCCACUUCAUCGCCCUAGGAACCGUUUUCAUAACCACCCAAACCGAAGGCGCCGUCGCAGUCAUCCUCUAUAUCCUCGGUCAAAUCCUCUUCAACUUCGGUCCCAACGCAACAACCUACAUAAUUCCUGCAGAAGUCUUCCCCACGCGCUACCGCGCAACUUGUCACGGCAUAAGCGCCGCCUUCGGCAAACUCGGCUCCAUCCUCGUCCAGGUCUUCUCCGCCUACUACCGCUUUAGUCCCGCUGCAGACCGCGAGUCCACGAUCCGCCAUGGUUGGUCAUUAAUUGUCUUCAGCGCAUGCAUGGUUCUCGGGGCUGCUGUGACGCAUUUCUGGAUUCCAAGUGUGCAGAGGGCUAACGGGAGGGGGAAGCUCUGGGGUGGGAAGGCGGAGACAUUGGAGGGGUUAGCGUUGGGGAGGUUGGGGGGAAGGAGUCGGUAUGCGGGGACGGCGAAGGGGAGGACGAUUAGGCCUUUGUCGUAUGUUUCUUAUCAGUUGGGUUGACUAGGUUUAUAGAAAUUUCUUGUUUUUGUAUAUAGAUUAGGAUUCGUAUAUAAUUGGUUUAAACGUACACUCACACCGACUUAGUGCGAUGUUUGUAUUAUUGAUAAGUCUGCUUGAAACCUGACAUCACCCU